UAAGCCUCCAAGCCGUCCUAUUGAACAUACGCCAUGUCGGACCUUGAUACCCACGCCGAGUUUCUGGACUUGUGUCAAGAAAAUAAGGAAAAGGCAAAAGGCUAUAUCCAAUUCCGCCAUGCUUUAUCGCCACAGAACCCGAAGGCCCGUUUCCCCGGAUUUCGCCAGGGAUUGACAACUUUCAAAGCCGGACAGCAGGUGCAAAAGGGCGCGAAGCCAUUACCCAUAGACAUUGUUAUGCACGAGAGUGUGCCUAUGGUUCUUUCGGACGGUACCAAGCUGUACUGCGACAUCUUCUUUCCAGCGGGUUAUGAGAGUCUUGAUGUCGUAGAACAGAGCUGCAAAAUCCCUGCUUUGGUGGCAUGGAGCCCGUAUGGCAAGCAGAGGGGCUGCGCUCUGUUAGACGACUUUCCAUUCCGUGCCGGCGUUCCAAAGCACUGGGUAUCAGGCCUCCAGAAAUGGGAAGGCCCCGAUCCUGCAGUCUGGUGUACAGAGGGAUAUGCAGUGGUAAAUGUUGAUACCCGCGGGGCGUAUACUUCCGAGGGUGAUCUUAUGAUGAUGGGACACCAGGAGGCUCAGGAUGGAGCUGAAUUUGUAACCUGGCUGUCGAGGCAGCCCUGGUGUAAUGGAAAGGUUGGGCUCACUGGAAACAGUUGGCUGGCCAUGUCUCAGUGGAAGAUUGGAAGUCUGCGACCUGAAGGCCUGGCUGCACUCGCACCGUGGGAAGGGCUACAAGACAUCUAUCGUGACAUUAUGUGUCAAGGAGGGAUCCCAUUCACCGGUUUCAAUGACUCCGUCGCCGACACACUCUCCAGCUACGGGAAGCUGGAAGAUGUUUCUGGAGUGGUCAACAGCCAUCCGCUCUGGAAUGAAUACUGGGAGGACAAACGAUCCCAGUGCGCCUAUAUAAAUGUUCCUACGUACGUGGUGGGCUCAUGGACAAACCCAAUCCAUACCCCAGGGACACUACGAGCGUUCAGGGAAAUCCCUGAAUCGGUUCCAAAGUGGCUUCGGGUGCACAAUUCUAUGGAAUGGCCCGACUACUACGCUGACUCGAGUUGCCGUGACCUCAAGCGGUUUUUUGAUUGCUUUCUAAAAGGUACCGUGGAUAAUGGCUGGCUAGCAACACCUAGGGUGCGGCUCAGUAUCCUGAACUUUGGACUCUCUGAUCUGGACGACACCGUGAAUAGGGCAGAGGUCGAGUGGCCACUGACUCGGACGAGGUAUCAAAGGUUGUAUCUGACGCCUGAUCGGAAUAUGGUCCGGUCUGCUCUGGCAUCACAGGGUCGAGUUUCAUACGACUCAGGGACUGGGAAAGCCACAUUCCGACACUGUAUAACCCAGGAUAUGGAAACGACGGGAUACUUUCGCGCGCGGUUGCUAAUAUCCUGCUCAGUCGAUACUGACAUGGACUUGUUCGUUCAAGUGUGCUGCCUGCGUGGCAGCCCUCCAUAUAGACAGGGCGUUCUCACCAUCCGGCCGGAUAACAUUCUAGUGGUCAAACUGUUGAAGCUGCUGCAUGACUGGCACUUUGGAAUGCAUCAAUUCGGUAUGUUAUUUCACUGGGGCCCAAGUGGCCAGCUCAGAGUUAGCCAUGGCCAGCAUCGUAGUGAGCUGUCUACAUCGUUCGACCCAGUUUAUCAACACAAGGGAUGUCUUCCCCUGACGAAGGGUGAAGUUCGAGCUGUGGAGAUACCGCUACGUCCAUACGGCAUGUAUUGGAAGAAAGGGGAUGUCAUGGAGCUCACGGUGUCUGGAAAUCCGUUACUUCCAUUUCCGAUCCCAGGUGUCAGGCAGGUACAGGGCAGAAAUACUGGGGUUCAUACCAUCCACUGCGGUGAUAGAGGGGAGGAGAGCUCGUGUCUUAUUGUCCCUUAUGUCUAG